AUGACGGUAACUCAAGAAUUGAGACGGGAUGUCGAUGAAUUGCGAGGACAAAUGCAAACUAUGGGUACAACGAUGGAGGAAAUCCGUCAAUUGAUUGUACAGAUGGGUCAAAAUCGAGCUCCAGCAGGAGAGGAGAUCCAUGAAAAUGGUGAUAUGCACGUCAAUGGUGGAGGAAAUCAGAAUGGAAGAGGAAAUCGCGGUGGAAACCCCAAUUUCGUAAACACUCGUUAUUCACGGGUAGAAUUUCCCAGAUUCAAUGGUGACGAUAUGAGAGGUUGGAUCUGUCGAUGCGAGCAAUUCUUCGAGGUUGAUGAAACACCAGAAGAAUUGAAGUUAGCCGCAAUUAAUAUGGAGGGAAGGGCUCUUCAAUGGCAUCAAGCGUUGGUGAAAUCUCGAUUGGGUCGAGACCUUCCAAAUUUGGGAGGUUAUGUGUGUGCUUUGAAUCUCACGUUUAGCCAUACUAUGAGCGAUGAUCCAAUGGCAGAGUUGAUCGGAUUGAGGCAAAAUGGGAGUGUCCAAGAAUUUUUGGACAAAUUUGAUAAACUGUUGAACCAUGUGGAAUUGACAGAGGAGUAUUCAAUCAGUUGUUUCUUGAAUGGACUGAAACCAGAGAUUGAAGUUAAUAUUAGGAUGUUAUCACCAAGAACCUUGAUGAAAGCAUAUAACCUAUCCAAAUUGACUGAACAAUUACUAAAGUUGCAGAACCAGUCAUUUAUCAGAACUUCUAAGGCAUUGUUACCCACCCCAGGUACUUCUUGGAACUCUAAUUACAAGAAUCAGUAUCACGGUGAUAGUAGUAAAGGCUUUAGCAAUAAUAGAGCUUCGAAUUACAGUACUUUUAAUGGUAGAAAUGCACCCCCCAAGAGACUCUCAAGUAGUGAGAUGGAUGAGAAGAGGGCUAAGGGGUUAUGCUUUUGGUGUGAUGAGAAAUUUACUCCAAACCAUGUAUGUAAGAAGAGGAAACAGCUGUUGAUUCUUGAGGUCGAGGAAGACAUAAAAGAACCACCUGAACCAAUCUAUGACCUAGAUGAGUUAGCCCUAAUGGAAGAGAGUGCACAAGAGUUUGAAUUGUGCCCCCAAAUGUCUGCUCAUGCACUAGAAGGAACAGUAGAUUUCACAACUAUGAGAGUGAAAGGGUCGGUGAAGAGUAAGAUGGUUCAUGUACUGGUGGAUUCGGGUGCCACACACAACUUCAUGGAUGUCAAUAUUGCUAGGAGAUUGGGUAUGAAGAUUGAGACUAUUCCUGCUUUCUCGGUAGCUAUAGCUAAUGGGAACAAAGUGUAUAGCAAAUUCAUGAGUAGGAAGGUCGAAUGGAAGAUGCAAGGUGUAGAUUUCAUGGCUGAUAUGUUGGUGAUUCCACUAGGAGGGGCCGAUGUUGUUCUUGGUAUUCAAUGGCUUAUUACCUUGGGGGACAUUAAAUGGAAUUUUAGAGACCUGAAGAUGGAAUUCAUGAUUCAUGGAAGGAAGGUUUCACUUAGGGGAAGCAAACCUAACCCCCCUAAACUGGUUGACAAUAUCCAAAUGCACAAGUUGUUGAGUAAGCCAGCUCAGCUGAACAUGAUGACAGUAGCAUUUGUGCAGUCCCAAGAGCAGUGCUUAACAACUCUCAAUAGUCAACAGGUAGAGAUAGCCCCGGAUUUGCAGAAACUCUUAGAUCAAUUCUCCUCAUUGUUUGAGGUGCCCAAAGAGUUGCCUCCUAGAAGAGCUCAUGAUCACAAGAUCAUACUGAAAGAUGGAGUCUCACCUGUGAAUGUGAGACCCUACAGAUAUGCAGCCAGCCAAAAAGAUGAAAUUGAAAAGAUGAUUGCAGAAAUGUUGGAGUCUGGUGUCAUCAGACCAAGUAGACAACUAAACAAUAACACUGUUAAAGACAAAUUCCCUAUCCCUGUCAUAGAGGAACUUCUAGAUGAAUUGGGAGGGUCCAAAUUCUUCUCUAAAUUGGACCUUAGAGCUGGAUGCCACCAAAUUAGGAUGGCAGAAUCGGACAUUGAAAAGACAGCAUUUAGAUCACACAAUGGGCAUUAUGAAUUUGUUGUUAUGCCAUUUGGUUUAACAAAUGCACCAUCCACUUUUCAGAGUUUGAUGAACACCAUUUUUCAACCUUACCUAAGGAAGUUCAUUCUUGUAUUUUUUGAUGAUAUAUUAGUCUACAGUCCCUCUUGGUCUUCCCAUUUAUUGCACUUAGAGCAGGCUUUCAAAGUGCUGGAACAUCACACUCUAUUUGUCAAACUUAGCAAAUGUUCUUUUGGCAAGAUGGAAGUAGAUUAUCUUGGUCACAUUAUCACUCAGGAGGGUGUAGCAGCUGACCCUCAUAAGGUCAAAGUAAUGAAGGAAUGGCCUACCCCUACGACUAUUAAAGAACCUAGAGGGUUCUUAGGUCUUACUGGCUAUUACAGAAGGUUUGUGAGGGGGUAUGGUGUGAUUGCUAAACCCCUUACUGAUCUCUUGAAAAGGGACAAGUUUGAAUGGUCUGGUGCAGCUACUGAGGCAGUAGAGAAAUUGAAGAUAGCAAUGAGUACAUCUCCUGUACUGGUACUUCCUGAUUUUUCCCUAGAUUUUGUUAUUGAAACCGAUGCAUGCGGGUAUGGCAUUGGGGCUGUCUUAAUGCAAAAUGAUCAUCCUCUAGCAUACAUGAGUAAAGACCUGAGUGUGAAACAUUAA